GGGAGCCGCGGCCACCCUGCUCAGCGGCCAGAGUUAAUGAUCAGCGGCGGCGGCCCCGCCCCGGGGCGGCCCGAGCGCUGCCCCGCCCGAGCGCUGCGCGGGGCCCUGGGAGCGCGCUCGGCCCGCGUCGCCACCUGCGCACUGCCCCGACAUGGCUGGCAAAGUGCACAGGUUAAGUGCUGAGGAGAGGGACCAACUGCUGCCCAACCUGAGGGCCGUGGGGUGGAAUGAGCUGGAAGGCCGCGAUGCCAUCUUCAAGCAGUUCCAUUUCAAAGACUUCAACAGGGCUUUCGGCUUCAUGACGAGAGUGGCACUGCAGGCUGAGAAGCUGGACCACCAUCCUGAAUGGUUCAACGUGUACAACAAGGUGCACAUCACGCUGAGCACCCACGAGUGUGCGGGCCUUUCAGAGCGAGACAUCAACCUGGCCAGCUUCAUCGAACAGGUGGCAGUGUCCAUGGCGUAGCCGCCCACCCGUGUCCGUGGGCAAGGAGAGGAGCGGAGUGCCCCAGCCAUCGGCUGGCCCUGCAGCCUGCGUAGGGGCGAGUUCGUGCUGCCCAGGGCCCAGACCUCUGCCCUGCCCUGCGCCCCUCACCUUGGGGACUGAUUGGCAUGAAGCCGGCCCCUCCCCUUCCGGGCUCCCUUGGUCUCUUACCCCCGAGACCAGGCUCCCAGGGCCCAGGUGACACACGUGUGGGGCUGCCAAUAAAACUGCUCCCCCCA